AUGAAAAAUGAAGCAACAAAGAUAAGGAAACAGAAGCAGAGGGAGACAGAGCUCUAAAAUGAGCUGCUCAUUCAGUAUCCAAAUUCCAAAGGCUUUGCCUUGUCUCUUCCAUUCUCAAUGCAAAUUCCCUUCUCUCAGUAUUUCUUCUAUACAAAAACAAUCCCAUCAUGCCAAACCCAUCAAGACAAUUACAAGCAUCAUCAAGAAGUCGGUUGAUUAUAUCAGUACAAAUAAACAUAGUUUGGCAAUACAAGUUGGAGCACUCUUGGCCACUGUUGAGAAACCGGCAUUUGCGGUAACCGGAGUGAAUAAGGAGGUGGAUUUGAUAUGGGUUUUGAUUCAGUUGGGAAUUGUUUUGUUUUGGUACUUUCUUAUCAUGCCACCAAUCAUCAUGAACUGGCUUAGGAUAAGAUGGUAUGAAAGAAACCUGUUGGAGAUGUAUUUGCAGUUCAUGUUUGUCUUCAUGUUCUUUCCAGGUGUGAUGCUCUGGGCACCAUUUCUGAACUUCAGGAAAUUCCCAAGAGAUCCGUCAAUGAAGUAUCCUUGGUCCACGCCUCAAAAUCCCACACAAGUUAAAAAUGCCUUUCUCAAGUACCCUUUUGCUAAACCUGAAGACUAUCGAUGACCUAAGAGGUAUGAAUAUCUGAAAUAUCGAUCGGAAUUUAAGAAACCUAUCGUUUCAUUGAUGUAUCAUAUAUGGUAUAUUUGGCUUUUUCAAGCUUAUCACAAUGGAAAAAUGUAUUUAUUUUUUUA